UAUUAAAUUACAGCAAAGUUAAAAUUUGUAAACAAAACUAUUUUAAUUAAUUUCAGUAACAAAAUUAAUAGCAAUGUAUUAGAAAAUUUUGCAAUAUUAUAAAAAUGUUGACGUCUAAAGUGGGAAAAGUAGGGAAAGUUGCAAUAUGUGGAAUGAAAGGUGUAGGAAAAACUGCACUUUUAGAGCAAUUAAUUUAUGGUAAUGUAUCACCAGAAUCUCAAAUCCAUUCAACGAUUGAAGAUACAUAUGUGGCUUGUAUUGAUACAGGUCGUGGGCCCAGAGAAACUUUAAGAAUUUAUGAUACUGCAGGUUUGCAAGGAAAAGUGCAACUUCCUAGACAUUACUUGUACUUUCCUGAUGGAUAUAUAUUAGUUUAUGAUCCAAGUGAUCGUUCAAGUUUAGAUAUGUUGGCCGAUAUUAAAAUGGAUAUUGAUAAGAAUAAAGAAAAAAAGGAAGUUACUAUUAUAGUAUUAGCAAAUAUGCAUUCCAAAUCGUCCAGAAAAAGUGACCCACAAUCACCAUCACAUACUACAGAAAAAGAUCACAUUGAUUCAGUAUUAAGUCGAGCUAACGAUUGGUGUUCUAGAGAACGUAUUAAGCAUUAUACAGUAAACGCAAUGGAAAGGGCUAGUUUAUAUGAACCAUUCAUUAAAUUGGCAAUACGACUUCAUCCACCACAAACGAAAAGCGCUUUUCCUCAAUUGAGACAAGUAAUGCAGAAAUCUCAAAAAAGUGAUGCAUAAAACUCUACUUGCUUAUAUAUGUUAUGUAAAAUUUUUAUAACAAAACUUUAUUUUUUUAUUAGAAUUAUAGAUCUGUUUACCAAUCUGUUUAUCAAUAUUAAAUAUCUACAAGCCUUUGAAAUAAAUAAACACAUAAAUCGUUUUUAAUGUGCAA